AUGAACGAGAAACUCCGAAUAUAAGAAUUAGUAGAUAAAAAAUUCGGAAUAGAGACAGUAAAAGACGGUCGAGACCGUUUAGGUUUCAUCGCCAACUUCAAAACAAGUAUAAUAAAAGAUGAAGAAUUAAACGAGCGUAGUGUUUUAUAAAUAUAUUACAUAGAAGAAAAUGGUAAUUGGUGUAAAUCAAUAAUCUAAUACAAUCCUUAUUUUUAUUUAAGUUGUGAGAAUAAUUUAGAGAAAGAAAUUGCUUUUUUUUUAGAAAAGAAAUAUUAAAAAAACAUUAGUAAAGUGGAAAUAAUCGAAAAAGUGGAUUUAGAAAUGCCCAAUCAUCUAAGUGGCCGUAAAAAAAAAUACAUCAAAUUAAAAUUCAACACUGUAUCUGAACUAAUGUAUGUCAGAAAUUAAAUAAAACCGCAAAUCGACCGCCGUAAAUAAUACAAGCCUGUAAUCCAAAACACAUAAACUUUAUUCCCAGAAACUAUAAACUUAAAUAAAAAUACGGACCUAACUGAAUAUAUAACAGAUAUUAGAGAAUACGAUGUACCUUAUCACUCCCGUGUAUGUAUAGACUUAAAUAUAAGAGCGGCUAAAUGGUAUAAAAUAUCCUUCAAAGAUAACGUAGUAAAUUAAAUUGUUUGCAUGGAAAAUAUUGUAGAACGUCCAGAAUUAAAAUAUUUGGCAUUUGAUAUAGAAACUAGUAAAGCUUAGUUAUAAUUUCCGGAUGCUAAAAUAGACGUAGUGAUGAUGAUUUCACUUAUGUACGAAGGGGAUGCUUAUCUUAUUGUAAAUAGGGAAUUUUGCGGGUAGGAUGUGGAGGGAUUUGAGUAUGCACCGAAACCGGAAUUUGAGUGUACGGUGAAUAUUUUUAAUGUGAAGAAUGAAUAUGAGUGUAUUAAAAAAUUCUUUGAUAUUAUUGUGUCUUAUAGGGCUUUUAUUAUUACAAGCUUUAAUGGGGAUAAGUUCGAUUGGCCAUUUAUACAUGAAAGAUGUAAUUAAGUAGGGCUUUCUUUAGAAAAGGAAAUUGGAAUUAAUUUAGAAGAAGGUCCGGAGUAUUUUGGAAGGUUUAUUACUCAUUUAGAUUGUCUUUAUUGGGUUAUUAGAGAUGCAUAUUUGCCAUAAGGUUCUCAUGGGCUUAAAAGUGUUACUAAGGCUAAAUUAGGGUAUUAACCAAUUGAAGUCGAUCCAGAAAAAAUGGUUUUUCUGGCGAAAGAAAAUACUUAGAUUUUAGCUGAGUAUUCAGUUUCAGAUGCUGUUGCGACUUAUUUUUUAUAUAAAAAACAUAUUCAUGAUUUUAUUUUUGCGCUGUGUACAAUUAUACCUUGUUAUUCGGAUGAAGUUUUGAGGAAAGGGUCAGGUACUUUAUGUGAGAAUUUACUUAUGACUGAGGCUUUUAAUAGAAAUAUUAUUUUCCCAAAUAAAAAAAUGGAAAAUAAAGAAAAAAUGCAUAAAGGACAUUGGUUAGAUUCUGAAACAUAUUAAGGUGGUAAAGUAGAAUGCUUAAGAAGUGGUGUCUUUCGAUCAGAUAUAAAGACGAAAUUUUAAUUAGAAAAAAAUGCCUUUUAAACAUUAAUAGAUAAUGUAGAUAAACUGCUUGAAUUUGUAAUGAAAAUAGAAUAAAAUAGACAAGUUGAAGAACUUGAAAAUUACGAAGAUGUAAGAAAUUAAAUAGUUGAAGGUUUAGAAAAACUUAGAGAUAUUCCAAAUGUAAAUAAUUAUGAAGAUUAUCCUUUAAUAUAUCAUUUGGAUGUAGCUGCUAUGUAUCCUAAUAUUAUUUUGACAAAUAGAUUAUAACCAGUAGCUAUUGUAAAUGAGUAAAUAUGUUCAAGUUGUUUAUUUAAUUCACCUGAGAAUUAAUGCAAAAGACCUUUAGAAUGGAUGUGGAAAGGUGAAUAUUUUCCACUAAAUAGAAGUGAAUUUGAAACUAUAAAAAGUAAUUUGGAAUAUGAAAGAGCUUUAAAUUCUGAAAAUAACAAUAAAGAUAAAAAUUAUUAUGAAAUAAAUAACACAGAAGAUUUCUAUAAAUAAUUAAAAUAAAGAGUAAAAGUUUAUUCUUAAAAAACUUACAAAACAAUGCAUAUAUCGGAAACUACUCUAAAAUAAAAUACAGUAUGUAUGCGUGAAAAUUCAUUUUAUAUAGACACUGUCCGUGCUUUUCGUGAUAGAAGAUAUACUUAUAAAACUUUAGUAAAAGUAUGGAAAGGAAAGGCUGAAGAAGCAAGUUAAAAAGGAGAUACUGAAGGCAAAAAAGAAGCAGGAAAUUUAGAAGCAUUAUACGAAUCAAUGCAAUUAGCCCAUAAGAUUAUACUGAAUAGUUUUUACGGAUACGUUAUGAGGAAAGGUGCCAGAUGGUACUCUAUGGAAAUGGCGGCUAUGGUAACACAUAUAGGUUCUAGUAUUAUUUUAGAUGCAAAAAAUUUUAUUGAUUGUGUGGGGAAGCCUUUAGAAUUGGACACUGAUGGGAUUUGGUGUUUAUUACCGAAGGGGUUCCCAGAAAGCUUUUAGUUAAAAUUUGUGGAUGGAAAAAAGUGGAAAAUAGAAUAUCCUUGCUCAAUAUUGAAUUAUUUGAUUUAUGAGAAAUACUGCAAUGAUUAAUAUUAGACUUUAAAAGAUGAGACGAAUUUAAAAUACGAAAGUAAUAAAGAAAUGUCGAUUUUUUUCGAACUGGAUGGACCUUAUAAGGCUAUGGUUAUCCCUGCGGCUAGAGAAGAAGGGAAGUUAUUAAAAAAAGGAUACGUAGUAUAUAAUCAUAACGGGAAAAUUGCAGAAAUAAAAGGCUUUGAAAUCAAAAGAAGAGGUGAAUUAGAAAUCUUGAAAAUUUUUCAAUCAGAAAUCUUCUCGGAAUUUCCAGCUGGAAGUUCGCUUAAAGAAUGCUAUGAAGCUUGUGCUUUUGUGGCAAGGAAAUGGCUUAAUUUAUUAAUAAUGAAAGGUUAAGGACUUACAGAUGAUGAACUAAUAGAUUAUAUUUGCCAAACUAAAGUCUUAUCGAAAUAAUUAUAAGAUUAUGGUGAAUAAAAGGGUGUAGGUUUAACCUGUGCUAAAAGACUGAAAGAAUUUCUAGGUCCAGAUGUUGCUAAGGGAAAAAGUUUAAACUGUAUAUAUGUUAUGAGUGCCAAACCUGUGGAAUUAAGUAGGGCUGAAAGGGCUAUUCCAGUUUAAAUAUUCGGAUCUGAUAAUGAGAUUAGGAAACGAUUUUUGAAAAAAUGGUUAAAAGAUAAUAGCUUAGGUGAUGAAUAACUGGAACUUAGAAAUAUUUUAGAUUGGGAUUACUAUAUAGAAAGACUAAACUGGCAUAUUUUAUAAAUAAUACCUUCUGAAUAACUUGGCGUAUAUAGAAUAUGGAUUUAUCCUAUGCAAUAUAAUGAAGGUUAAUAAUAAGAUUUUGCCUAAAAAUACUUCUUAUACUACUCAUGUUUUUAGUAUGGAAUAAUUAAUAGGUUAAUUUGA